AUGUUGAGCUAUUUAAGUAAUUUAGAUCACUUUAAAAAUAUAAUUUUUAAUUCUGAAAUAACAAUCUUUACUGACCACUCUAAUAUGUUAUUUCUCAACUCUUCAAAGCAUCAAAGAGUUCAGAGAUGGAGGAUUCUUAUCGAAGAAUAUAACCCUAAUUUUAAUUUUAUAGAAGGCAAAUCCAACAUGGCUGCUGAUUUUCUUUCUAGAACAUUACUUAUUCAAGAGGAAGAGGAGGAAAAGAAAGCUAAAGAAGCUGUUGUUAAAUUCUAUAAGGAAUUUAUUCAUCCCGGUUCAAAAAUACUUUUUAAUAACAUAAAAGGAAAAUUUCCUAAUGUAACUCGGUAA